AACGGCGUGUGACCGUGCGUGUGUGCGUUUGUGGCUAUUGCAGGGUGCAUGGCAAAGGGAAUAAUUUUACGAAUAUCUUAAGAAAGUAAGCGCAUUCAAGUAGAAAGCCCAAUUUGUUGCUUGCAAACGCUGGCAGGUUAAGUGAUACGGUUCGUUGUGGAGUUGAAAAAGCGCCAACAAACGCCACAGCUUGUUGUGAUCUCUCUGAUAGUGGCUGGCUGUCCAUAGGAUGCUAUAACCUGCCCGCCAGGGAAGAAGAGAAAGAAGCGUUAAUCUAUUAAGUUCAAUUGACGAUAGGUCAGCAGCAGCAGCAGCAGCAGCAUCAGCAUCCCUUCGCAAGCGCCACCGCCACGCAAACCUUUUUGCGAGCUGCAUCCUUAAUCAGUGCAUCCGAGACUGUCAGAGAGAGAGAAAGAGAACCUCGAGCCUCGAGUCCGUUGUUCAAGUCUUGGUCGAGCUUUGCUGUGCGGUUUUUUUUUUUCUCGCCCUUCGUACGGCCCCCGGGCGCUUUGUGCUCCGUGAACCCUGGUCAGGCCAUUAACCUGCACGAAAUUGGCAGAGAAAGAGACGCAUCCGCGCGCGCGUGUGUGUGUGUGUUUGUGCGAGUGUACGUGUGUGUGACGGCGCCAUCAUAUUGUGACCGUGACCGUGGCCAUUAUCGUGGCGUAUAUCGUGCGUGUGGCGGAACCACUUUCCCAGCGGCGGUAUCUUUUCGCCGCAUUGUGCUUUGCCCCGUUGCAUUACCGUUUUAGGUAGUGCAGUUGUGUGUGCGGUACGUGUCCUCUCCCGGUAUCAGUGAUCCACAAUAAGCCAAGGCUUGCUGCUACCUGUGAAAAGUAACAGCCCCAAGCAACCGACAGCAGUAGCAACAACAAGAAAGAAAAACGCGAUGAGUGAACAAAUGGCUCGGCUGCCGGGUUGCAGCGUACUCGUGCUCGACAACGACGGUGGCGACAAGCUGGUGCCCAAGUACGACCACAAGGUGACGGUCGUUUGCAGCUACGAUCCACAGGGCAUGGCAGUGAGGUUGCUGCAGGAAGGCAGUGCCACGCCACCGAAGCAGCUGGAGGAGUACCUGGUAAGCGGCGCUAGCACGACGCAUCUUAGCCGGGGCCACACGUCACACAUGCUGCUCGUCGGGGGCGAACUGAUACUGUUCCGGUUCGCGUCACGGACCGACUGCCAACAGUUCCGCGGCCUGCUGCACAAACUGUCCGGCAAGGUGAACUCAGUAUUUAACCUCCGCACGGAGGAUUCGUCCGCGUCGCAGUAUUUCCAGUUCUAUGGCUACCUCUCGCAGCAGCAGAACAUGAUGCAGGACUUUGUGCGGACGAGCACGUACCAGCGGGCGAUCUACAACAAUGCGCAGGAUUUCCAGAACAAGGUCGUGCUGGACGUUGGCGCUGGGUCCGGUAUUCUAUCCUUCUUUGCCGUCCAGGCCGGUGCGGCGAAGGUUUACGCGGUCGAGGCAAGCAACAUGGCCCAGUACGCUCAGCAGCUCGUUAGCUCGAACAAUCUCACCGAUAAGAUAAUCGUGAUUGCCGGCAAGAUAGAGGAGAUCGAACUGCCCGAACAUGUGGACGUUAUCAUCUCCGAACCGAUGGGCUACAUGCUGUACAACGAGCGCAUGCUCGAAACGUAUCUGCACGGCAAGAAGUGGCUGAAGCCGGACGGCAAGAUGUACCCCUCGAGGGGCGAUCUGCACGUUGCCCCGUUCACCGACGAAGCGCUGUAUAUGGAGCAGUACAACAAAGCCAACUUCUGGAUGCAGACUGAGUUCCACGGGGUGAAUCUGGUGGCGUUGCGCGAUGCCGCCAUGAAGGAAUACUUCCGGCAGCCGAUCGUCGACACGUUCGACAUACGCAUCUGCAUGGCGAAAUCGAUCCGGCACACGACGAAUUUUCUAACCGCGGACGAGAAGGAUCUGCACCGCAUCCAGAUCGACGUCGAGUUUCACAUCCUCGAGACGGGCACGUGCCACGGGCUGGCGUUCUGGUUCGAUGUCGAGUUUGCCGGCACGUGCUCCCAAAUUUGGCUAUCGACAUCGCCGACCGAACCGCUGACCCACUGGUACCAGGUGCGGUGCCUCCUGCAGACGCCCAUCUUUGUGAAGCAGGGACAGGUCCUGUCGGGAAAGGUGGUGCUGGCGGCCAACCAGCGCCAAAGCUACGACGUGGAAAUCGACCUCAAGCUCGAGGGUACGAUGAUCAGCUCAUCCAACACGCUCGAUCUGAAAAAUCCCUACUUCCGGUAUACUGGCGCACCGGUACCGGCACCGCCCGGUUCCAACACAACCUCGCCGAGUGAAGCGUUCUGGAGCCAGCUGGAUGCGCAGGGCGCCCGCAAUGCGGUUAACCUCGUGAACGGUAUUACGGUGAAUGGGUUGGGUGAGGUGGACAUGUCAUCGACGAUCAUCAACACUAACCUGAUGGCAAUCGGGGCGAACGGCGGUGGCGGUAAUCAGCCCAACAUUCAUCCCGGACUUAUCUCGAGCACUGGAAGACAGCAGCAGCAACAGCAGCAACAGCAGCAGCAACAGCAACAACAGCAUCAGCAGCAACAAUCGACAACGGCUCAGCAGCUUGCAAUGACGCCACCGAUCGGGUGUGCGGCCACCUCAACGCAGAACGUCGCACAGCACCAGCUGAUCGGUGGCGCCAUCUCACCAUCGCUGUUCACCUCGCCGGCUCAACCCAUCCUCAACAGUCAUCAUCACCAUCCGGGUCAGCCGAUUCACGGCAAUCAGUUCUACUAGGUACGGGGGGAUCGAUCGGGUUUUACACGAAGCCGUGUUACUAUUGCUGCUUUGAUUGUAUUUUCAUUGCGCUCGCAGUAGGCAACCGAUGAUCGCGACAGGCACGUGUACUAGGAAACGCAAAUUAAGGAUCCUCGGGCACACACACACAUACACAAUCAAAACAGUCCAAACGAAACAGAUAAAAGUAACGCUUCGUAACGUUUCGUAACGCUUCUUGAACGGUCAAACGAGUGGAGUCAAGAAAAAAAGGACGCGAAAGAGUGAGCAAAUGUAAGGUGAAUAUAAUAAUAUAGCAGCAAGAAACAAUCAUUUUAAUCCUAGCAACGCGUUACUUUUAGCUGUAAUUUAGUGUUUCGUUCGGCUUGUUUCGUUUGUGUGUGUUUGUGUGUGUGGCCUACGAUUUGCCCACGUAAACAUCCUUCUCAAACAAACAUUCUCAUCCAUACACAAACACACACACACACACCCAUACACAUGCACCCGCUCUCACAUUUACACCUGAACUACACAGCCUACUAUAGCCAAAAUGAAACGAUCCUAUCCCUUUCCCUUAAUCAAACGGAAUUAGGGGGGUUUUUCCCUUUCCCACGAUGGAACGAUGCUUUACAAGAGAAGCCCUUGUCCUAUUUUAAUGUGUUUAGUAUAUUAAGGUGUCCGAUACAGAGUAUUUUGUGUUCUGUUUUUUAUCUGCGUUUGCAAAACUAUGUAAACGCACAAACAUUGCUUUUAAUUCAAAUUGAGAUUAGCGCCAAAUCAUUUCAAAUCAGCACCGGACGUUGGUUAACGCUUCGUUUUUCUUUUUUAACUAUUUUGUGUGUUCUGCAAGAAGCUGUAUAUUUUAUUCUAAUUAAUUAGUCCCGCACCUUCCCGCUUUAGUAAUGUCUGUGUGUGCGAAUGUGUCCACAGAUACCUGUCAAAUGAUUCCAUCCAGCCGUGAAACUGAGGCGCGCGUACGCACGUGCGUGCAUACCCGUUAGGAACGAGGGACAAUAAGCUUAGUCGUGAAUGCGUUGUACGAGCCAGCGUGUAGUAGCGUAGGGCAGCUUUUUUUUUUACUUUUGGUUGUUACAAAAGGGCCUUGCCUGUAGCAUUCCGAUAUCAAUUGAACAUAUUGAUCGCGUUUGAGCUGGAUGGACGACUUGGAGAUUAUCCAGCGCUACGCAGCGAAACAUUAGCUUUAGCAUUAGCUUUAGAAACAAUAUACGUGGCACGCAUGACCUAGAUAAGGCGCAGUUACUCCCAAUAAAAGAAGGUUUGCACCGUGGUUGCUGUCCAGUUAGUGAGAUUAAUAGAAAGGUUCGAUGCGUUUUAUGCUAUGUUUUAAAAUUUUGCAGUCAGGUAUUCGCUAAAGACACUAGUGAGGUAAGAGCGGUCGAGUUAAAGAUAGGGGAAAAAAACGAUCCGUGCGCUUUUCGAUCGCACUUGUAUUGCUUUAGUUCUCAAAAAAACACUCCCAAUUUGACAAAAAAAAAACUAUAGCAAAGCAACUGCAAAUGGAGGCAUUUUUGUUUUACUUUAAGUAUAAUUAUUGCUACAUUUAAUAACAUUAUUACUAUGAUUAGAAUUACUACUUAUUACCUAGCAAAAAUGAUCGUCGUACGAAUGAAGUAGGAAUGAAAGGUUUUCGCUUUCCCUUUACCUAUACGACGUACAAUAAACCAAAUCCCGGCGCAAUUCCCAAUCUUCUCAACGCGAAAACGCGAGGAAAUAGACGUUAUUUUAAGUUAUGGCAUUUAA